UCCCGGCCGGCAGACGGCGCCCUCGCCGCGACCACGCACAGGAUGGCGGCGGCGGGGGUGGCACCGGCCCCCCUGCUCGGCCUGCGGCGGUUGUGGCGGGGCGGGGGCGGCGCGGCCGCCGCCUGCUUCGCGCCGGGCCGGGCGCUGCUGGAGGUGCGGGGCGCCGAGGCCGCCCCGCUGCUGCAGGGAAUCCUCACUAAUGACGUCACGCGCCUGGUGCCGGGGGACGCCCCCGCCGUCGCCGGGGCGCCCCUGCCGCGCGCGCUCUACGCGCAUGCGCUGAACGUCCAAGGCCGCUGCCUCUACGACCUCAUCCUGUACAGGCUUCACGAGAGUCCAGAAGAAGAGCCACGCAUCCUGCUGGAGUGCGACGGCAGCGUGCUGGAUGCCAUGCAGAAACAUCUGAAACUGUACAAGAUCCGGAGGAAAGUAAACAUCACCCCUUGCCUUGACCUUUCUUUGUGGGCUGUCAUCCCUGGGGAGUCAGCUGGUGACAUCACCAGUUCCCUUACUCAGCAUGCAGACCAGGCUCUGAUUUUCACUCCUGACCCCAGAACAGAAGUCAUGGGCUGGAGACUGAUUACAAAGAAAGGGGUCGAUCUCUCAGAGAUUAUCUCGGGGAGUCAUAUUGGAAAUACUCAGGAUUACCACAAGCACAGGUAUAAACAAGGAGUUCCCGAAGGUGUGAAAGAUCUCCCUCCUGGAGUAGCCCUCCCGCUGGAAUCCAACCUGGCCUACAUGAAUGGCAUCAGCUUUACCAAAGGCUGCUACAUUGGGCAGGAGUUGACAGCCAGGACCCACCACAUGGGUGUCAUCCGCAAACGGCUGCUGCCAGUCCACCUUUCAGCUCCUCUUCCCAAGGACAGUAUUCCUGAGGGUGCUGAGAUCUUAACUGAAUCGGGAAAGUCAGCUGGCAAGUUCCGGGCUGGAGGAGGUGAACUCGGUAUAGCUUUGCUGAGGUUAGCUAAUGUAAAUGAACCCCUCUGCCUGAAUGUAGCGGGUGGUAAAGUGAAGCUCACUGCACAUAUCCCCGAGUGGUGGCCAAAAACUGCUAGUAAAUAAACGAGGAACCACCGCUUGGACAUUCGCCUUACUGUGAAUUAUAUUUUGUGUGAUAAGUUUGGGAAGGUGACUCUGCCUCCAGCUGUCGUGUGUGGUGUUUGAUGGGGAGGGCAUCACAGGAUUCUUCAAACUGGGGAGAAACAGCAGGAACCCAGACCAGCGCCGAGUUGCUGGGAACAGAAGGAUCAUCUGUUAAGCAUUGUGGCGAGAGCGGUAUGAUGUACACAGGGAAGUGCCACUCUUCCUCAGGGUACUCUAUAUGUGUUUAGGGGGUGCCAUGUGUUGUUGGCUUGGACUACUGCUGCAUUUUAAGUCCCCCACACGCUCAGACUGUGUUCUGUGUGUUCAGACUGAGGUGAGCAAUGGGAGCAGGCACUUCCCUGUUGUAUGCACUGAAUGUUUCUGUUCAGAAUAACCACUUUGGAAUUAUGAUGUUUGUUUUCCGUGGAGAGCAUGCUGUUACUACCUUGUGUAAGAUCCGUACUCAGGCUAAAGUGUUUACUGCAAAUUACUCUUUGCAUUGAGCUGCUUAUUAAACUUGCUGAUCAGGUGGGUGAUUUUUCCCCACUACUCUCAUUGCUAAUUGUGUUCAGUAAGAGGAUAUUUCUGCUCUACAUUUCAGACCUCAGUAUUAAUAAUUCACCCCCAGUGGGAGCACUCUCCGAUAUUCUGGUUCCUUGCUUCAGCAUCGGCAGGAGCAGCACAGCCAGAGGCAGCCAGAUCCUUUGCCACUCCCGAUGCUUCCUCCACUCAAACCAUGGUUUGAAGGGGAAAGUGGUAUUGGACAGAAAUGAGGCAUGCUGCUGCAUGCCCCGUGGUAACCAUUGUAUUGGUGUACUGGUGCUUGGCAGAAUAAUCUGUUGGCAGAAGCAUGUGCCCUCCAGUUGCCAACAACAGUGGAGGGGUGGAUUUUUUUGGCAUCAACAUCUUUGCUUGUAGAGAGCUCCACACUCUCCCAAAGCCUUUGGCAGGGGUUACUUCAGUCCCUCCACAAAGCUGGUGAAGGGAUGGCGUGUCCUCAUCUCAGCCUUUGCUCCUUCUGUCAGCAUUUGUCUGCAGUCACCACACACGCUCUUUUCUUAGCCUGGUGUUACCAAGAGAGGAUUUCCACCACACUCUAGCUGCUUCACCACCAUUCUUGGUUUGAGAGCUCGCUGUACCCCUCAUACAAAACCCUGUCCCUGCUGCCGUCUCCAGCCAAUUUUUUCUCCAUCCACCAUUCCCUAUGGGUUUUCAGAGCAGCCUGGGUUAUUCUGCUGAAUUUUUCUGGCUCCUGCUGCUCUUCCAUCUUCAUACAUUUUCCUGUGCUUCCCCAAAGCCAGCCAGCUCUGUGCCUUCUACCCCUGGCAAUCUGCAGUAAUCUACAGGACCCCUAUGUAUUUUUGUAUUGCAAUCGUUCCAUUGCAUGUCCACUCUGGGAAUGUACAGAAGGGCAUGAUGAGAGAUAUCAGCAGGUGAGAUCCCACGCAGACCAGAAAAAAAGCUCGUGCAUGCAUAUUUGUGAUAAACUCAUCCAAAGCACAUUCUGCCAUUGCUUCAGUGUCACUGUUACUGUGAAGGGAAUUUGUGAAUAAAUGCUCAGAUUGGUUAAAACCCUACGCUUGCUGUAAAAUGAGUUGUGGAAUUUCUUGUUAAGGGUUUAUUGUGUCAGUAAUUUAAAUGUGACUUGUCUGAAAGAGAAGAGAUGCUUUUAUUUACCUUGUGUGAGGAUACACAGUGGAAUACUGUUUCGGGUUCAUUGUGGCCAAGAAACAUGCCUUAUAUUGCUUGUCACCCAUUUGUUGGGUUAGAGAUUGUUAAAAAAGUCUUUCUGGUGGAAAAAUAAAUUAAACUGCAGCACUUCACCCUUUCUGCAUCCUCCAAAUGCAAGAAAGCUGUGACUGUGCUACCCGUGUCAACAUUGCUUUGCUAGAAGCAGCUUUUCCUCUCUGUCCCGCAUUGCGCAAAGCCUCUUCAGAAUGGUUGCAUUGUACUGGUCCAUGCUCAGCCUGAAUAAACACAUUUCUUCUG